UGAAAGCUGGUGGCAUGCGAAUUGUGCAGAAACACCCACAUGCGGGAGACACCAGAGAAGAGAAAGACAAGGAUGACCAAGAAUGGGAAAGCCCCAGUCCACCCAAACCGACUGUGUUCAUCUCUGGUGUUGUCGCCCGGGGUGACAAAGACUUCCCCCCUGCAGCCGCGCAGGUGGCUCACCAGAAGCCCCACGCCUCCAUGGACAAGCACCCUGCCCCGAGAACACAGCACAUCCAGCAGCCCCGCAAGUGAACCAGCACCCGGACCCCGCACCCUCCCCAGCAGUGCCAUUCUCCUGCAUGUGAUAUUCCGAGCAGAGAGAACUGGCACGCUG